AUGCUACUUAGUCGCCGUUUAUUCAGCAUGGUGAGUCAACCCUUCAUUGCACAAUUGGAACGUGUUUUGGGUAAGGAAGCUGUUAAAAUAGCUACUGGAGAACCGAGCGAAAAUUCAUAUGAUCGGAGACGUCGCAUAGGGAGAGCUCCGGAUGUGAUUGUAGUGCCUAAAGAUGUUGGACAAGUUAGUUCUGUAUUGAAGAUGUGUAAUGAGGAUAGUAUUCCAGUGAUACCGUUUAGUACAACUACUGGUUUAGAUGGUUUUUCGAACACGCUCCAGGGUGGUGUAUUCAUCGAUUUGAUGUCGAUGGAUAAGAUCGUGGAAGUAAACAUGGGUGAUUUCAAUUGUACUGUUGAACCGGGCGUAACCCAUGAGACACUGAACCAACAUUUACACACUACAGGCCUUUGGUUUCCUGGAGAUUUGGGUGCUGAUGCGUCCAUAUGUGGUAUGGCUGCUACGAACGCAAGUGGUUCAAAUUCAGCACGAUAUGGUACUAUGGCUCAAAAUGUUUUGAACUUAGAGGUCGUUCUAUCUAAUGGCAACGUAAUGUACACUGCUGGAAAAGAUAGGCGACCAAGGAAAUCAGCAGCAGGUUAUAACUUGACGAAACUUUUCGUGGGUUCUAAAGGUACACUGGGAGUAAUAACGCAGACUGCAGUACGAUUGUAUGCAAGGCCAGCAGUAUGUAGUGUCGCAGUUUGCCCAUUUCGAACAGUAGACAAAGCUAUUGAAGCGGUCGUUGCUACUUUGCAGUGUUCUGUACCAAUUGCAAAGAUAGAAUUCUUGGAUGCUGCUACAGUGGCGGCUUGUAAUCGCUACAGUAAACUAACACUUGUUGAAUCACCCACUCUUUUCUUGGAAUUUCACGGUAAUUCCGAAGCGGAAGUAGCCGAACAGGCAAGCCUCGUUGAAGAAAUAUUCGCCAGUAAUGAUGGAAGAGAGUUCAAUUGGUGUCAUGCGCCUGAGGAGCAGAAAAAAAUUUGGAGUUCUCUUCAUUCUGUCUAUUACGCUAUUUUAUCAGAGAAAAAUAAUGUUAAGGGUUUCACAAUACACUUCUCUUUACCUACAUCUGCAUUGGCUAAAGCUGUCUCUGAGACAAGGAAGGAUAUUGACGAAUCAGGCAUUUUUGGAGCACUAGUGGGUCACGUUGGUGAUGGCAGCUUCCAUUGCAUCUUUCUAGUCGAUGAUUCAAAUCAGGACGAGAUGAAAAUGAUUCGGGAACUAUCAGAUCGUAUUGUCAAGCGUACAUUAGCAUCAGGUGGUUCAUGUACAGAUGAACAUGGAAUUGGAAUUAGUAAAAGAAAGUACUUGGAAAAUGAAUAUGGUGAGGUAGCAGUGAACACGAUGAUUGCUAUCAAAAAAGCAUUGGAUCCGAAGGGGAUCAUGAAUCCAAACGAAUUGUUCACGAAAAACUAA